AUGGUAUUCUCUAGGGCAACGUAUAACUUUGUUUCGAGUGAAGAGGUAGAGAGAUUCGGAUUGAAGCUUGAGUUGAGGCAGAGAACCUUGAAGACGAUGAACUUUGUGGCCAGGCCUAUCCUGAGAGAAGCAAAGGGUGUAGUCAUCCAGAUUGGGAGUUGGGCUGGUACUAUAAACUUCUCAGUUGUUCCCCUAUAUGACUUCAAAGUAAUCCUUGGUAUGGAGUUCCAUCGAGAGUACAAGGCAGGGAAAACCAAUGUCGUUGUUGAUGCAUUGAUUCGAAAGGUGAAACUUGUGGCAACUCAGAUGCGGGAUGAUGUUGAGGCCUAUGUGAAGAUGUGUCUCAUCUACCAACAUGAUAAGAAGACGAAUCAGAAGCCUACCAGCCUACUAGAACCACUGCCUAUUCCAGAACGCCCAUGGGAAAGCCUUUCUAUAGACUUCAUCGUGAGCCUACCGAAAGUGGAUGGCCGCAGCUCUAUCAUUGUUGUUGUGGAUAGGUUCUCAAAGUAUGCUACAUUUAUCCCAACAUCAAAGGAAUGUCUAGCAGAGAGGACGGUGGAGUUCAUCAUGAGGAACAUAGUCAAGCAUUGA